AUGAAAACGCUUUUGCUAUUCCUUACAACAGUGAUCGCUUGGACGAGUGCUUGUUGCGGGUUGUCUGUGCCAUGGAUUCAAACGGGUUGCUGUAUGCAAUAUCAACCGCCAAGUAUCAUUGGGUAUCAGAGAAUUCCAAUUUACAAACGGAUUCGAGUGCGCGUGCCUGUAAUGCCGACCUAUGCAGUGCCGCCAAUUGCACCACCAUCUUACUCGGCUCCACAAGUGCAAAUGCCAGCAAUGCCUUCCUACGCUGACCCGCAACCAUCUGUAGAAAUCCCCCAAAUGAGCUAUGGUCAAGGUGCGGUUGAGACUUCUCCGCCAGCAGCUCCAGGGAUGUCGCCGCUUUACGACAAUUCGAUCUCGAUGCCGCCAAGAGAUGACCAAAUUCCCGUUGAACCCUCCGGCUACCAUGGUCGAACAGUGAAACUGGUGAAAAGC